GGAUACAAUACAAAUUCAAAAUAUUGACUUUUAUUUAUGGCUAGUGAAUGUUGUAAAUUCAAUAGGAACAUUGAUUUACGUGUUACUUAAACUAUAAAAUAAACAUUUGGAAAAAGUUCUCUGUUAGAACAAGUGAAAUAUAAACUUUUUAAGUACGUAAUGUUAACAUAAUUUUGUGGGUUACAUUAUUUAAACAUGAGUUCACGGCUUAAUUUAUAUACCGUUGAGGUAGGUGAUACUAAUUUCACCAUCUUAAGUCGUUAUCAAAAUUUGAGGCCAAUCGGGUCUGGCGCACAAGGAAUAGUUUGUGCUGCAUACGAUACAAUUACUGAACAAAAUGUUGCGAUUAAGAAACUUUCACGUCCAUUCCAAAAUGUUACUCACGCUAAGAGGGCUUAUAGAGAAUUCAAGCUAAUGAAAUUAGUAAAUCAUAAAAAUAUUAUUGGAUUACUUAAUGCAUUUACUCCACAACGUAACUUGGACGAUUUUCAAGAUGUUUAUCUCGUUAUGGAACUAAUGGACGCUAAUUUAUGUCAAGUAAUUCAAAUGGAUCUCGAUCAUGAUAGAAUGUCAUAUUUACUUUACCAGAUGCUAUGCGGUAUAAAGCAUUUACACUCUGCCGGAAUAAUUCACAGGGAUUUAAAACCAUCUAACAUAGUUGUCAAAGCAGAUUGUACAUUAAAAAUUCUUGAUUUUGGACUGGCAAGGACAGCUGGUACUACAUUUAUGAUGACACCUUACGUUGUUACACGUUAUUAUCGAGCACCAGAAGUAAUUUUAGGAAUGGGUUAUAAGGAAAACGUUGAUAUUUGGUCUGUUGGAUGUAUAAUGGGUGAAAUGAUUCGUGGCGGCGUAUUAUUUCCGGGUACCGAUCACAUUGAUCAAUGGAACAAAAUUAUUGAACAACUUGGAACUCCAUCAACAUCUUUUAUGCAAAGACUACAGCCUACUGUGCGAAAUUAUGUUGAAAAUAGACCUCGCUAUUCAGGCUAUUCAUUUGAUCGAUUGUUUCCCGAUGUUCUAUUUCCGAGUGAUAACAAUGAGCAAAGUAGAAGAAAAGCUACUGAAGCAAGAGAUUUAUUAAGUAAAAUGUUAGUAAUUGAUCCCGAACAACGUAUAUCGGUGGAACAAGCUUUAUUGCACAGUUAUAUACAUGUCUGGUAUGACAAUGAGGAAGUCAAUGCUCCUGCUCCAGAACCAUAUGACCACAGCGUCGAUGAGAGAGAGCACACUGUUGAACAAUGGAAAGAACUCAUAUAUGAAGAAGUCAUGGAUUAUGAAGCACAUACAAGUAACACCAACUCAGGAUCUACAAAUACGCGGUAGAAAUGUACUUUUUGUGUUAUUUUACAUUGAAAAGCUUUUAAUAUACAACUUUUAAUGUAUAUAAAAUUUAAUUACAAUAAAAGCACAUAUAAACUUA